UUACCGUUAAAUAAAAUACGUACAACAAUCCACACAGAUUAAAUUGGUAAAUAUACCACAGCACAUAUCGGACUCUCGCUCUUUCAAUCAUUCAUUGCUCUUACAAUGGAGAUCAUCCAUUUUCUUUUGAUUUCAUCGCUUCUCUUCUCAAUCUCUAGGGCUGAAUCUACUGGAUCUGUUAUCUUCAUCGAUAGUUAUACUCAUCAAUUCCUUCGCACUCGAUCCUCCAACGAUGUCUCUCAGUCUGAGUCAAUGUUGUUACCUGAAGUUGGCGCGGCUGUGUCAGUCUUGCUUGGUUUUCCUCCAUCGGUUACGCUCUCAGCUGCUGGUUCAUCUAAGCUGAAUGAGGUUCUCAUUCCUAAUCCAUUUGAUAGACCUCGUGCUGUUUUUAUGCUUGAAGUUAUUGGAGUUGAUGAUCCUCUUGUUGUUGAUCCCCAGAAUGGUCUCUUCCACAAAGCCUUGAAGUGUAGUGUUGGCCUUGGUUCACGUAAAGCGGACAUUGAGCUUCCAGAUGAAGAGGAAGUAUCUAUUAUUUCUUUGAACGAGCCUCUAAGAGAUUACAUUGAAGAAGAGAUCAAUGACUUGGCAUCUUGGUUGGGUGGAUCAUAUGUCCCUGAUUCUUCUAAAUCUCUGCAUGGAGUAUUGACAAUUCCCUUGGAAAGUGGUGACAAUGUUAACCUUGAUUUGUCAAAGGAAGUGCACAGAGAAUUUGCAUCAAAACUGUUCGCUCUGUCCCACAGUAUAAGGAAAGCAAUUGAGACACAUGAAGAUUUGUCAAAGACUUUGCAUAGACCAGCAGAGUUAAUAAUGGGAUCUUUUGAUGGAAUCAAGGCUUUGCAGGAGCAGGAUGGAGCUGAAGGUUUUAAUAAGCAAGGAAUGAGGCUUCUGUUUACCACACUUUCCAAGAUUUUUGAUUCGAUGCAGACGGCAUACAAAGGUCAAAUUGUUGGAGUUAUUGUCUUUAAUGAGGCAUCUCAGCCAGAAUCAAAAACAAUGAUGAAUGUGAUAGCUACCUCACGUCCAUCUCCGCGUUGGUUGGAAGGAACAAAAGGUCAAACUAAGACCACCCUUGCUGCACAAGUUUUGGUUAGAAGAACCCUUGCUUGGGUAACUGGAAUUGUUCUUCUCAUUGCAACUCUCUUGGGGGUUUACUUCCUUCUAAAUAUGCCAUUGACGAGGGACACGCUUUUGUACUCUAAUGUCAAGAUAGACUAAACUGAGAUAAGGCCGAGUAUAUCGGAAGCAGCCCGGUUAAUACGGCUGCAUGAAGCAUAAAUUUGGGUAUUUUCGGGUAUCGUAUGGCUAUGGUACUGCAGAUGAGACGGGAAGAUGAUUGUAUUUGAUGUAAAUUUUGGUAAUUUGUAUUCAAUUUUCAGACUUUCAUAUUGUAUUUGUUUUCAGAAAUUCCAAAUAAAGGUUUGUCUUUGAAGGGAAUGGAGUUUCGUUCCCUUCAGAAAAAGAUUUAAUGUCAUUUACUAAAAA